UUGGCGAAUUAAACUAAAGUGUUUGUGCCAGUGCUUCGUCCCGAAAAUGAGUAAAUUUCGAUCGAAACUAAAGAAGAAAGUUGGUGGAAAACGAUGGAGGCGCGGCACGGCAUCUUCCACCAACCCGGAGAUAAACAAGCAUCGCACCAAGGCAAAGAGCCGGUUCUUUCAGAGCAACCUCAGUCUUGUGCCGUUGCCGCCGGUCGCCGAUAAGAAGCACAAUCUUACGCUGGAGGCCGUUCUGAAGCACGAUGCAAUUCAGUCGUACGCGGAAGGAAGCAAGAAAAAAGUGCCCACAGUGAACGAUAUCGCGGCCAGCAUGAAGUCAUUCAGUAUGAAAGAUGGCGACGACGAAAUGAUGUCCGAAUCGCAACACGGAACCUUCAAGACGUUCCAAACGUUCGCCUCAAACUGGAGUGCAUGCUCGAACAUGAGCUUCAAAAAAUUGCUGACUAACUUUCGGGCCGACUCACAGUUGCAGAAGGACAUGUUGGCGAUAUUGGCCGCACUGACGGAAGUGAUCAAGGAGAACGGUGGAUCAGAAAGCAGCACCGAGUAUUUUCUUGCUCUGAUGGAGACAAUCGAAGCGGCCAAAGAAACGAACGAUUCCGUUGCGGCCGUUUCGCUGCUUGCGAUGGGCAUAAAAUCAGUCCCAGAAGCGGUCCUGCGCCGCAAGUUUUCCGAAACGGCUCAAACGUUGCUUGCUCUGCUCGAGAGGCACAGUGAAACGGAUAACCAGACCAUGGUACGGAAUCUGAUCGGCUGUUUGUCGGUGUUGCUACGGUCCCAAGAGUACGGUCAGUGGAAGCUGUCUUCCACGUUGAAGUUCUUCGACGCUGUGCUGGCUUUCACGACACACACGAAACCAAAGGUACGAAAGGCGGCCCAACACGCUGUGGUGGCCAUCAUUCACGGUAGUUGCUUCAUGUUGCCUCCGAAAACACUGGAAGACGCGGAUGGCCUAGAGAAACCAACCGUUGAGUUGCAGAAGCCCGCAGUACUACAGAAAGCACCGGUAAAACAUCACCCGGCCGGUGGGCGUGUUGCACGUUUCUGCAUCGCCCACUUUAAACCGGAAAACAUUGCCAACAACCAGACGGUGAUACUGCACACGCUCGGUCUGCUGCAUAACGCUCUGCCCGGUUUCAAUCGCGAAGACAUCAAACUGGUAGCGGAAAAUCUCCUGUCGAUCAUGACCGCUACCAACGUGCUGAUCCGCACAAAUUGCUUCCAAACCUUCCAUUCGCUAUUCAGUUCGAAGACGGAAAACUUGACACCGGUAUUGGCUGGCAAACUAAUCUCCGCCUUGUACGAUUACCGACCGGACCGUUCGGAUUCGCGGCAAAUCAUCGCGUGGCUGACGGUCCUGAAGGAGGGUCACCUGUUUCUGGCCCGCUACGAUCUUUGUUUAUGCAGCAGCUCGUUGCCGAAGUUUGCGCAGAUUUGCACGCAAGACUUCUGGGCCAGCGAACGGUUGGACGUUGUAUCGGCUGCUUCGAACGCAUUAAAGGACAUACUGUACGAGUGCGUUCAGCCGUGCUGCGAGAAUGAAGCUGAGGUGGAAAAGCAUCGAGCUGCCAUCGAGAAGGUGCUGCGGUACUUGACCGACGUCUUGUGUAGCGCACCCUUCGGUCACGCAGCAACGCACGUGCUCGUCAUACUGGCGAUUGCGUUCGACGUUGCGGGGAGAUUUUUCGGUGAAGCAUUGGCCCCUGCGCUCACCACGCUUGGCACACGCUACGAUGCACAAUCGUCGAACCGUAUUCAGAUCGAACACGCCGUUCUGCAGGCGAUCGGUUCGAUGGAUGCGGUGCUCGUGUUGCAGUGCAUACCACUGGCCAGUCCCGAUGGUAAGAUUGAUCUCGAACGCACCUGGAUGCUACCGCUGCUGCGUGAAGGAUUGCAACAGGCCAGCUUCGAACUGUUUAACGGUGUGAUUCUCAAACUCGCCUAUCAGUGCUACGUGAUGUGGGGCAAGCUGAAGGAGAGCGAAAACAAGAGCCAGGCGCACAUCUUCGAAUUGCUGUGCUGUCAGCUUUGGGGCCUCUUUCCCGGCUUCUGCCGCAGGCCAAAAGAUGUCGACAAUUUUCGGCUGAUCGCCAAAACGCUCGGCACGGUGCUGAACGAUAAUCCCGAUCUGCGCUCUCCAGUGCUAGACGGGUUGAAGGAACUGAUCGGCCAUCUCCAAACGCCAGAGGACCGUGAUGCUGUGGGUCGUUUCGCGAAAAAUUUCCUUCCUCGAUUGUUCAACAUUUACACCACGAAACCGAAGGGUAGUUACGAAAACGAGGUCCGCCAGACGGCGUUCGAAGCCAUCCAGGCGUACUUAAGCAUCACGCCGCGCCCGGUGUUGGAUGAAAUGUUUGGCACGGCACUUCAGCAGUUGCAGGAGAAAGCUCCCGGUACUUUCCUGUACGAUACGCUAUUUGACAUCGUCGAACAGAUGGCCCUCUACCAAACGCACGAAAAACUGGAUGAAAUAUACGCCCGGUACAUAACGGUCAUUUUGAAGCGCGAGAAAAAGCAGCAAACGGUGGCCAAGACGAACGCCAACGUGCGACGUCAGAUGAAGAAAGCAUUGAAGUUGCUGCGCGAGAUUCUGGCCUCAGAGAACGAGGGUUGCGUGGCGUUCGUGGAGACAAAGCUGGGCAACAUCGAGAAGCUGCUCCUGGGAACGCUACAUCUCAGCUUUGAGGGCAUCCAGGCACCACGCUUGGCUUGCUUGAAGUUAUUGUUGGAAAAACAACCGGAAGUGCAGCUAAACUGUAAGCUCGUAACACGCACCGUACCGGAAGCGGUCGCUACGUUCCAUGUGGAAGCAGUCAAAAAGGACAACGUGGCCGUGGAUUUGUUGGAAAACAUUGGCCAACGGUUCGAUGAAAAGCGAAAGAUCAACGAAUUUAUCGAUCUCGUUAUUGCGGGUUUCGCGGGAGACAGCCAGCUGAUUACCAACACGAUCUUGGUGCUGCGCAACACACUGCAGCAGUUUACCGGCACGUUGUCGAUCGAUUCGAUCAAGUUUAUGCUCGAACAGGUGCUCACAUUUCUCGUCGGUAGCAACCGAGCGGAGGUCGAUGCCGCUCUGCACUUCCUGCUGCACUACAUCAAAUCGCUUCCGAUUCCACUGGUCAGCAACUAUCUUUCACUGAUCGUUAAGGCACUUUCGAUGAUGAUGCCGGAUACGAAACGCCACUCGCGUUUGCUGGUCGGCUACAUUUACAAAAAGCUUUGCAAACGCUUCGGUGCAUCGGAGAUAAUCGAACUGGUGCCGGGCAAUGACGAGACGACGCAUAAGCGAUUGAAGAAGAUACGCAAGGACAUGGCUCGGGCAAAACGCAACAGGGACAUACAGGAGAAGGCGGACCGGGAGGACCAAGACGAUGAGCAGGAACCGUACUUUGUUACCCAUCUGCAGAAGAAGAGCUUAACGAUCGAUGACAUUUUGGAAGAUUCCGACUCGGACUCAGAUUCGGGUGUGGAAGAUGAAAAGAGGAGCCGUCAAAAGACGAAGAAGAUGGACACGUUCAUCAAGGAGUCGUCGGAUAACAUUGUCGAUUUGGCCGAUUUGGAUGCAAUCGGUAAAAUAACAACAAGCGAACCAAUGGAGGUAACCAGCGCGGAUGCCGAACGUACGGUUCGUACAAGUGGCAAACAAAAGAAGGAUCCGAACCGUGGUUUUAAAACAGCUUCCGACGGUCGGUUGAUUAUCGAGGACAUCGAGGAUUAUUCGGAUUCGGACGAGGAUCCGGAUGAGGCCGUUGGAUACGUGGAUAAGGCGAAGAAACGCGUGUACGAUCAGGACAGUGGUGAUGAUAGUGAGACCGGCGGCGAGUUGCCCGAAGCCGAAGAGGAAGAUGGACCAUCCUCGCGGAAGCGCAAGGCCAUCGACGCGCUAAGCGCACGAUCCGGAAUGAGCGGAACGAGCAGUCGGUAUGUUGCCGGCGGUAAGGGUAUCCAUCGACCAUUGGCCUCCUCCGUCAAGUCGGGCCAUACUAGCCGAUCCACCAAAUCCGCGCAUACGGCCAAAUCGAAUGCUACAACGGGCACCGAGUACCGCGCGAAGAAGGCUUCCGGCGAUAUGCUGAAGAAGGGACAACACGAACCCUACGCAUACGUCCCACUCAGCCGUAAUUCACUCAAUCGAAGAAAACGGGCGAAGAACGCUGGCCAGUUUAAAAGCAUUGCUCGCGGCGCACGGAAAGGAGCUGCGGCCGGAUCAAAGAAGCGUCUGCUGAAGGCAGGAUCGAAGCGCAAGUAGAGACAGCUUGCAAUUUGAAUGCCCUUGUCUUAGGAUACUGAGACGGCGCAAAGGUUCUGCGAUGUAUUGUGUUUUUGUCCAAUAAAAAGCCCAAUUACUGAAUUGUGGGUUAAAACUGAA